AUGCAACCGACACGGGCACACAGGUGCAGUUCCGAGACCGUCUGCAGCGUCAAUCCUCCAGCACCUAUGUCAUCUUCCCCAGAAUCGGUCAUUCAAAGACCGCAUGGUGUGAACCUGAAGGGAUGGUAUUCGAGAGCCGUCACAGAUGAAUUGCAGCUGGAAGGGCAUGAUUUGAGCAUGGUCUCAUCGACAGUGCAUUCAUCGACUGCGAAUUCAUCGACAGUGCAUAGUUCGCCUGAGCUGGGCAAACACUUUUAUCAGAACAACGGCGGAGAUACUGCGUCGCUGGCUGUGGAUGAAACUUGCGAAAGCAAUCAUGCUGAGGAUUUUGAAUCCAUCCACAGAGAGACUCCUCGCGCAGGGCGAGGAUUGCAACGGCGACAACUUCCUGGGCAACACCCUCCCACUACUAGCCGAGCGUCCAACUUUGGCCCUCUGACCACUGCACAUUUCAGAGUUUCUUCUCAGACUCAAAGACCACCAGCGACUUCGCCACUUACCUCGCAAUAUUCGCCCCCGAGUCUGUCAGACUUUUCUCAAGACGCAAGACAAGACAUCGUACAAUCCUCGCCACGAGCGUACUCUUCAAAAAGGCACACGCGCAUGUCCUUGGGAAAGCAUGUCCCUCGUCCAUCUUGCCAGCAGCCAAGGUCUUCUCUUAGACAGGAUGGUGACCCAUCCUUCGUUGAGCCCUAUGAGAAUUCUCAUCGAUCAGACAUCAACCCUGUUUUGCGUCAGCCCCCUAGAGAGUCGUCACGGGCACGCAGGAAAUUCCUUACUGAUAUGCCUUCACUGAUGCCAGAGAAUAUGAAAACCGGCAUGAGAGCUGAAUCAUGCCUUGGCAAAAGGCAGGUUCAAAAUGAAACAGAAGGCGAUAUAAAGUUGACUAAAGGGAUCCCAUCCAAAAAGGUUGCAACAGAGGCAACUGGGAGCCAAGACUCAAAGAGGCUUGUUGACAUACAUAAAGUGGUUGGCUUUUUCGUUACUCCCAAUCGUGUCAAACACCAAAAGAGUCCCAGUAUCCUCUCGCGGCUUGCCGAAUCAGAAGCGGCUGGCACAUCAACGCAAAAAGGAUUGAGCAAGCACCAGAGAGGGAUAACUCAAAAUGCCCAAUAUGAUCCGCCUCGUGCCUAUAUAAGCAAUGCCAGCAGUCUCACAAAAGACCUCUCGAGUUCUGCUGACACCACCAGAAAUGCAGGCACGAAGCCCACGUAUCGAGAGCAUACGAGGCCUAGACCGAGCGAUUCAUGUAUGCGUAAUGGCGAAAUACGUCCAAGAACACAAGAUAUUGUCUCAAAAUUCUUCUCGGAAUCCGGAAAACUUGGUUCAAGAGCUGACCUUGUUCAUCAACCGACCUCGCCCAGCCUCCGUGGUGAUCCGCCCAUCCCUGAAACACCCAAUAGGGAUCACCAUUGGGGUUUUGACCAGUCUGAAGCGCGUUUCCGGCGUUAUGGCCAGAAUAGUGUUGAUCGUCGACGAUCCCAGUCGUCCCCAUCUAGCAAUAUCUCAAGAAAGCGAAGCACGAUCCGCAAGCAUCGCCCAAGAGUGGCCACCGAUCGGAAGACGAAGGCUAUGCACCAAGUCGCCCAGAGCUGGAAUGAGUGUUUAAAAACGUUCGAAGAAGAGAGAAGCAAUGCAUCUCAAAAAAUCGAUGGCUUGAAACAAAACCUCCGUCAACAGAGAAAGAGUUUGAUUGAGGCUCGCUCCCAGCUCACUGAGAAAAAUAAGGACAUGGGUGAACUUGUGCACUAUUCCCGAAACCUCGAAGCGGAUCGAGUUCGAGCAGCGAAUGACAAGCAUCAGCUAUUGAGGGAGAUUGACAGUCUUCGUCAUCAGCUGGCUACGACACAAGACCAGGCAAGCGCGCUUCAGGACAAGGCAAAGCGGUACAAGGAGAAAAUAAAUCAUGCAAUCGAGGAACAACAGAAUCUAUUCAGGCACUCAAAGGUUUUUUAUGAAAAAGCAAUGGAAGAACUCCGAAAUGAGAACAAGAAGCACAUAUCCUGCACAGCUGAAGUCGACAAAGCCCUUGAGAUGAGUAUCAGGAAAAGGGAAGAGAUGAAACAGUGCGUGCAGGACUUGCAUGAUCAAGUGAAGAUGGAAACACAACAGAAAGAUAGGACCAUCGUGCAGCUUCAAUGCAAAGUUCAAGAUCUGGCCGACCGCCAAGGCUACCGGAACGACAUAACUGCGAGCAUGCGUCGCCAGCUGGAAUUGCAACACUGCACCCAAAUAGCAGUCAAAGACAUGGCUUCUAAAUUGGAUUGUUUGUUACAAACUUGCACGGAGAGGUCCCAUGACAGCGAUAAGGUGAUGAGCCAGAUUCACUUCAGGCUCGAUACUGUGAUGGAGCACCUGCAGACUUCAUGCCAGCAACUCGCUCCAGGGAUUCUCACUGAUCGCAUCAUGCCAAACGUUGAAGCGGGAAUCGUUGAUAAAAUCGAGCACUUGAAGCAUCAUCAACAAUGUACACAUCAAGUGAUUGUGCAACUGGCCAACGAGUGCGCUAGAGAGCUUACUGAAAUCAAAACAGACAUCGUUGCUCUAGGAAACUUGUUCGUGGAAACUCAAGUUGAGGAAAGAAUCAAAGUUGAGAGGUUUUUGGCUGACUUCGAGUGCCAUGCGCAAUCUACUCGAGCAUCUCACAAGCAAGUGAUGGAGUUUCUCGAGUCUUGGUCCCAGGCACAAUCCCGACGGCAAAAGAACCUACAAGUGCACCAGACAGACUUGAAUCAUUCGUUGCUGGAGCACAACGAGAGAAUCAAGACGGUGGAACAGGACCUUGUGCUGGUAAAAGAUGGAUACGCCGAUAAACUGGGUACGCUUGUCGACAAUGCGUCGAAUUGCACCGCCACUAUGCAGGAAAAAUUUUGCGAUGCUAUUGCCGAGUUCCGCGAUACGCUUGAGGAAGGGUUGCGGGUCGCAAAGGAAGGAUCUGAGAAUGGCAUCCGCCAAAACCAAUCAUCUACCGCUGCGCUGGCGGGUCAGAUCAAGGCGAUUGCGGAUUACUUGGAAGCUAGCUGCCGCAUGGCUGUUGGCGACACUUCUGUCUCGAGCUCCUCCACAGCAGAGCAGCAAGCGAUUAUUGAUCAGCUUCAGAAAAAGAUCCGCAUCCUUGAAGUGCAGGCCCAAGGCACCAAGACAUUGCGCGACAGGUGGCAGCACGAUGUCAACGCCGUCCAGUCGUUGAGAGGCCAGCUCAAAAACAUUCAACAGCGAGUCCCAGAGGUGCAACAAUGCCUCUCGACCUUGAACAACAUUGCUCAGGUUAACGGACUGCUUCACUCAACCGCUCAGAACAACGUCGAGCAGAAACGGAUCGGCGGACAAUUCACACGUCGCCGUCCUCUCAGGGGCCCAGAAGCCCACAAAAAGAGUCGGCAAGACAGACAUUCGGCGGGAAUGACGGUUGAGGGAAUGGACGCUGAGCUUGUUUCUGGUGAUCCGUCCGUGCCUGCAGCGUUCAAUAUGUUUCCGGAGCGGGACAAACAGGGGCAAUCUUCGUUUCUCGGUGCCAUUCGACGCGAAGACGGUUGA